GUUUAUCGUGAUUGGAACUUUAAUUAUUUUGCGUUCUAUGAACAAAAUUAUAGUAUGUGUAUACCAGCUGCGAUACCCGUCUUCGACAGUUUUUAAGAUUACGCGGUAUUCAUGGUAUGAGCGUGCAACGAACUUAUGGAGCACCACAACAAUAAGAUGCGUCGCACGGAUCAACGCGACCGCGAUCACAAAAAAACUCAUAGUUUCAGAAGAGGAUGCCGUAAUGAAAAGUAAAAUAGGACCAACACCAACUUUAAUUGUAAAAGGCGCAAAUUUAUAUGAUGAAAGAAGUCAAUGUUACGUAUACAUCGAAAAUCAAAAUUUGAUUAAAACAACGGUUUUUGGGGUCGCUGAUUACAAAUAUGUAGUCAGAUUUUCGAAAUUCAAAAUAGCGGAUUCAAUAAACCCCCAAGAAAUAAGUUCCAAGUGAAUUUGGUCAAUUUAAAAAAAUUAAUCCGCCAUAUUGGAUCCGCCAUUUUGAAUUUUGAAAAUCUGACAUUAUAUUCGCAAUGAACGCCCCCAAAAACCCCCGAGUAACAAGUUUCAAGUGAAUUUGAGCAAUUUUAAAAAAUACGUCCGCCAUAUUGGAUCCGACAUUUUGAAUUUUGAAAAACUGACCCCAUACUCGUAAUCAGCGACCCCAAAAACUAUCUAGACAUGACCCUCAAAGUAUAUUUCAUUUUGUUGGUUAGACACAAUUACAUUUAUUGUAAAAAAAGCUGCUUUUUUAAGUUUAUUUAUUUAUAACAAUUAUUUUAUCAACAAAACAUAUUUUCUUUUUUCUUUCUUAUAGUAAGGAAUGUCCCCUGAUACAUAUAGUAUGCAUAAAAGAGAAGAAAAAAAGGUGACACUCAGGAGUGGCACUAUGCUGCAAAGGGUUAAUUAUUUUUUCAGUUAAAUUUUAAUGAAUUUUAAAAUCUGGGUUAUUCAAUUUUCAACUCUAUGUUAUUGAACAUCCAAUAUAAUGCUAUUGCAUUUUCAAUUCUACGUUACUUAAUUUUCAUAUAAUGUUAUUGAAUUUUCAUUUCCAUUUUAUUGAAUUUCCAAUUACAGUUGUUAUUAAAU